AUGGCAUCCGCGACACCGGCUCCAGCAGAACAGGCGCCCCCGCGGCCUCUGUCAUUCGCCAAGGUCGCGGCUUCUGCCAUAAAACCCCAGACGUCGAAAGAUUCUGCUCCACAAGCGAGGCCGCCUGUUGCGACACCUAGAAUACCUGCCGUCGCCCAAAAGGCGCGCUCUAUCCCCAUGAACGGCGAGGUACCGCCCAGAAUUCUCGCGGAAAAGCAAGAGGAUAAUGAUGCGAGCAAAAGCGCUGAAAAUGCCAUCUCGCCGCCGGCGCAGCAGACAAGCACCGCCGAGCUAUCGGACACACCGUCCACAGAUCCCAAAGGGGAAGCUGUCGAUAGGCCCCAGUCUGCUGCUGUAGUCAAGGUGUCUGUUACCGAGGACAGCAGCACUCAGCUCUCCUCGUCAGAUGGAUCCGGGAAACCUCCCAGUGUUGAUGGAAAGAGUGUUGCUUCUGCAACCACCUUUGCGCUCGACGAGAAGGAGUCUUUGCGCCCAGACGACAGUGCCAGCCUCAGGGCAGUCGAGGAAGAGGAUGUCACAUCCCCACCCGACUCAGUCGUUGCAGACUCCCGGCAGGGAUCUGAUCACGGCGCUGCGCGUGCCUUCCGGGACCAGCUACAUGAAAUAGCGGUGAUGAAUCCUCAACCUAAGCGAGAAGGUCCUCCAGGUCGAUUUCCAACACUAACCAAUGGUCCGCAAACUUUGUACGACCCUAACCAGUCGCUGAACAGCGCAGGGCUCAUGUCGCAGCCUAUGGUCAAUGGUAUGCCCUCACUAAACGGUGUUCCCAACAUGCCCGCCAUUCCAGACGAGAAGCUGCUUGAAGCACUGCGGUCUCCACGCGAUCGUUUGUUUGUAGUCAAGAUUGAACAAGACUUUAUUGAUUUCAUCAAAGAUUCUCGAGAAAAUGAAUUGUGUCUGCCGAAUUGUAAUACUUUCUAUAGGAUGCUUGCCCACCGUCUUGCGGACUACUAUCUGCUCGGCCACGUGGUCGACACUACUAUGACUGGUGUGAAGAUUACACGAACACCUUACUGUAGGAUCCCACCUCCCGUGUCACAGAUGGUUGAUCCUGCCAAGGGUACCAAUACACCUCCUGUAGAGCUUCCUGCUCGUAAGAUAAUGCGUCGCGAUGAUGGAAAAUCAGGUACAAACACCGGAGCUAAUUCGCAAAAUGCCUCAAAGACGACUUCUGAGAUGGGUGGUAGUGAGGGCAGCAAUGACGGCGAAGGCAGCAAAGACAAAGCCGCGCUAUCCAGAGAAGAGCGUGAAGCACGUUAUCGUGAGGCCCGUCAGCGCAUCUUUGGAAGUGCAGAGAGCGAAGAGCCCGAGGUGGCAGAAAGCAAUGGACCUGGAGAAGACAAAAACAAAGGGAAGGACAUCUCACGAUCAAGUUCCGCUGCUGGAAAGAAGAAGCCCAAGAAGCAGCGUAACUACGACGAUGAUGACUUUCAGGCUCGUUCCCGCUUUAAUGUGUACUACCCGCAACAGUAUCCUGUGGCUACAUACACUGGAGAUAACGCGGUCUAUUACAACGGUUACCCAGGUCCUGCACAGAAUGCGCCAUAUGCAACCAUGAAUCCUGGUGCUUCUCCUCCGACUGCUUUCAGCAACCCGUAUCCGGGCAUGAUGGCCCCAGAGGCGCAGUCGCAGUAUGGUUGGGCUGGUCAACAGUACCAGGCCUCUAACGGGUCAAUGAUGCCGUACCCCGGUUAUGGACAAGCAUCGAAUGGUUACGACAUAUCGGCAGACUUCCAAAGGGGUAUGUCGUCCUUCCAGAGCGCUGGCAUGCCUUCUCAAGUCACUCCGAAGAUGGCCAAUCCGCAAAUGGCAUCUUAUCAAGAUACCUACCAGCAACCACAACAUAUGCCUGUGAAUUCUGGUUGGUCACACGCAAAUCAACAGCCCUCAUUCCACAUAGCUCAGGGUGCAUACAAUGCUCAGAAUGGUCCUGGCAACCGACCCAUGUCCGCACCCCACCAAGCACCAAUGCCUGGGUAUUCCUAUGGGCAAUUCGCCUCAAACGCUUACAAUGGAAAGUCAAACCGCAAUCAGCAUCCUCUUCCAGGAAGCUAUAACCGUGGACAGUUCAACCCACAAACUCAAGCUUUUGUUCCCGGUGGACGUAACAUACCCUUCGGAAUGCAGCAAAAUAUGAUGCAGGGACAGCCUCAGUUAAAUGGGUACGGCGGAUACCAAAUGUCGGCUCAGACUUCCAUGCCUGCUCAAAUGCCUAGACCCAACCCUUCUUCUAAUUCCACGCCGUCGUUUGGGUCACCUCAAAGUAUACAGGGCAACAACUCAGCCACUUCCAUGAACCGAAUCGCCUCCCAGACUGGCGAGCCGGGGUCAUCUCAAAGCAGCAUCGCAAAAUAUGGUACACCUUCACACCUGCCUCCAAAGCCUCCAGCUCCAGCUCCAGCUCCACCGUUUGCUUUGCCCUCUAUGACGCGAGUACCAUCAUCCGGGCUUGCUAACAAUGCUCCUACAACGUCCACUCGAGGCGGCUCGGGCAACUUCAAUAACAACACGAACCCCAACUAA